UCUUGGAAUCAAACAAAGCAAGACAACCUUUGUCUAUUACAGUAUUACGUCAAUACCUUCUCACAAAAGGACAUGAGAGAGAAAGAAGAAAUCUUUUACAUAAAUUUCCUAAUAAUGUUGCAUAUCGUUAUCAAUAUCUUCAAAAUAGACUAUCAAAUUUACAAGGAAAAAACCAUGUACCUAAACAUCCUGAAGUAUUUUUAGAUGAGUUAUAUUGUCAUCUUCACCAUACCACAAAUAAAACCUGGGUUCCUCACAAAGGUGUUGUUUUAGAAUUAGGACAUAAACUAUUAAUUAUAAUUUUUGAUACUAUUAUUGUCUUUUGGAACUGUAAUACUAAUAAAUUAGAAGAAGAAUGGAAUGAUAUUCUGAAUUUUAUAAAAAAUUCAAAUAUUACUCCCAAUCAAAAUGACUAUCAUGGCAACUUUAAUUCUGAUCACUAUUCAAAAAACUUUGUUCCUAUAACAUCAUCAAAAAAAGCUAAAAUAAUCGAAUGGUUAGAAAACAAACAAAUUUUUGUUUCAGAAAAAGUAUAUAAAUCUAAACUUUUAGAAAUUGUAAAAAGAUAUAAAGAAAAAGUUCUUUUUGCUUAUAUAGAAAUAGCUAAACAUUAUGUAAAAAAUGAAGUUUCAGUAUCAGGUCCACAUAAUAAUUUACUUGAAAUUAGAAAUAAACUUCUUUAUGCCUUUGUAGAAAAGAAAUCAGAAGAUUAUAUGCUUUUAAUAGAUGAUGAAUUAGAUAAUGAAAUUAUCUUAGUUAGUGAUGAUGAAUCUGACUAA